AUCAAAUACUCUCAUUUUCAAUAUAUCACUUUUUAUUUGUUUAGUAUAUGAGAUUAAUUAGAUAUUAAUUAUCUCUAAACAAGUUUUUUUACCCCUUAAUUUUUUUUUAGUACCCUCAUGGAUCCUUUUUUAGAAGGCAAGACUAUUUUCAUUACUGGUGCCACUGGAUUUCUUGCAAAGAUUCUGGUAGAGAAGAUACUUCGUAUUCAACCAAAUGUGAGAAAAUUAUUCCUUCUAAUAAGAGCUUCAGACACAAAAUCCGUCAGAAAACGUUUUAAUGAUGAGGUUAUGCAGACUGAAUUAUUUAGUGUUCUAAGAGAAAAAAUAGGUGCAAAUAACCUAAUUUCUCUCAUAGAAGAGAAAGUAUUUCCAGUUGCUGGUGACAUUUCAUUUGAGGAUUUUGGAAUUGAUAAUUCAGAUAUGAAAAAUAAAAUGUUCAAAGAAAUUGAUAUAAUCAUAAACUCAGCAGCAACUACUAGAUUUGAUGAGAGAUAUGAUAUUGCAAUGGAUAUCAAUGUACUAGGUGCUCUUAAUGUCCUCAAAUUUGCUAAAAGAUGUGAAAAUGUGAAGAUUAUUGUUCAUGUAUCCACUGCUUAUGUGUGUGGAGAAGGUGAAGGAGUAAUACCAGAGAAAUCAUUCACUUUAGGUGAAACACUCAAUAAAAACUCAAAAUUAAACAUUGAUGUGGAAAGGGAAGUGAUAGAUGAAAAACUCAAGGAGCUUGAAGCUCAAAGCUUGACAACAAAGGAAGUCACAAUUGCCAUGAGAGAUCUAGGCAUUCAAAGGGCAAAUUUGCAUGGGUGGCCAAAUACAUAUUCCUUCACAAAGGCAAUGGGAGAGAUGCUUUUAGGACACUAUAAGGAAGAAUUAAAACUUGUUAUAAUACGUCCAACGAUUAUUACUAGUACUUAUAAAGAGCCAUUUCCAGGAUGGAUCGAAGGUGUAAAAACAGUGGAUUCCUUUAUUUUGGCAUAUGGUAAAGGAGUAAUGAAUUUCUGCUUUGGUGACCCAAACACAAAACUUGAUAUGAUUCCAGGUGAUAUGGUUGUGAACUCGAUACUUGCAUCAAUUAUAGCACAUGUUGAAAAUGAUAAAUAUUAUUCUUCUAAAGAAUUAAUAUAUCAUAUAAGUUCUUCGAAAAUAAAUCCCCUAAAAACUUCAAAUAUUCUAUUAUUCUUAUAUAAUUAUUUCACAAAAAAUCCAUGGAUGAACAAAGAUGGAAAUAUCAUCAAAGUGGAGAAGCCUACAUUAUUUAGUAGCAUGGAUAGCUUUCGAAAAUACAUCUCAACCUAUUAUUGGCCAUUAUUAAAGAUAGUAGAGUUGGCAAAUUUAUUAUUAUGGCAUCGUUUUGACAAAAUUCACAAGGAUUUGAAAAGGAAGAUUGAUAUGGCUAUACGUUUAUCUGAACUCUACAAACCUUACUUGCUAUUCCAUGGAAGCUUUGAUGAUGCUAAUACAAAGAGAUUGAGAAUGACAAUGAAAGAACACAAGAUGGAUGAUGUGCUCAAUUUUGAUCCAAGUUGCAUUAAUUGGGAAGAUUAUUUCAUGAAAACUCACCUUCCUGGUGCUGUUAAUCACAUUUUUUAGGGAUUAAUUAUACAUUCUACAUUAAUUAAUUCUUCUUCAGCAUAUUAUAUAAGAAUGAUGUAUUUAUUGUUUGCAAUAAAAAAUGUUCUAAAAAA